AAGAUAUGCUAUAACUAAUUAGUUGAUUUCUCAUAAAAUAUUCAGCACUUUGAUAUAUCAUAAAACCACGCAAAGAAGCACAUGGGCAAACAUCUACCAAAUUUUGCAGACUUCAACUUGACAUGGAGCAUUAUAGCAUAUUAUCUCAAUUCUAUAGGAAGGUACUGAGAUAAUCCUCUCUGAUAUGGAUUUCCAACAGGCACAGAACGAUACUCAAGAGGCGGUCGAUGUCAUGAUACUCGAUUAUUUGCUAUGCCUUGCACUGAAUGCCCUUUUGAGGGCUCGUAUAGCAGAUAGGCUAGAGAGGCCUCAUUCCUUGGAUGCAGCGGGAGCUAUUAGUUUGGCAUACUCAUUCGAGAGGAUAAUAUCUACCAGAAUCGCCGAUGCACGUCUUCCUAGUGACCUGGAGUUGAAACGCUAUAUCCUUGGUUUCGCAGACAAGCUUCUUUGUCGUUAUACGCAUCCAGAACUACGUCAACAGCAGGCAAAUCUAUACCCCAGUCAUGAUCCGCACGACGAGCUCUCAAGUACACACGUACCAGAAGAGACAACAGCGGAAGAAAUGUCUUCGCAGAACCGUGAUGAACCCAUGACUAAUUCCGAAGCACUGGACGCGAACUACAAGCAGAUGCUACUUCAAAUGAAGAUACCUUCAUCAAACAAUAAGGCCUGUCCUCGCCGCUUGAUCAGACCACUUUCGGACAUGGUGCCAGAUAUCUUGAAGCUCUGUGAGCUUGCCAGCCCUUGGCUGUCCAUAACACAACGAUUAGAAGUCACCACUGGUUUCAUGAAGCAAGCAUCACUAGAGAGAUGCAGGAUAUUCGGAGACACGCCGAUGGAAGCCAAGAAUAAAUGCUCUACAAGGACAUUCGGAGAACACAAGCCAGAUUCAACAACAGGCACUCCCGAGCUGGCGACGCGUUCUCACGACUUGGUGUAUACAACGGAGUUCCUGAACCUUUUACAGUUAGGAGAAAUCCCCGAAAAUCCUUCUUUAUUCCAGUUUGAAGGCCUGUUGAUCAAUGUUUUGCUGGAGAUCAUUGAAGCCCUAGAUGCCCCUGUGCUUCUGCAGCUUGAGAUGGGGUCUUUAGACGGACUUAGCCAUACUGAGACAGCGGAGCUCAAAGCCCAGUCUGGACUCUAAUUGAUUUCCAACCCUAUUACAUUAAUAAUAUGCACGGGGAUUGUCACCAAAGCCUAAAUAUUUUUAUAAUUGAUGGGAGGACUUCUCUCAAGGGUUGCAUGAUAGCAAAAGGUCAUAAUAAUGCCCAUAAUUCAGAUCAUAAGAUUGCACAGGCGCUUAUAUCUGACGCGCCC